AUGGGUCUCCUGGAGCUGGUGGCCCCAAACAUUGUUUUGCCAAUCGUUCGGCUGCUGAGUGACUUUGUGUUACUAGGGAUCUUCAACUUCAUCAAGAAGAAAAUUCAGCAAAUGGAGUUCCUGAGGAUGCUGGUGUUGCUGGUCGUUGGUGUUGCGGCUGCUGGGGCGGACUGCGGUCCAGAAGACAGGGCCUUCGUGUGUCGGGACGUCUGCGGCGAGGAGGUGAGGGGCGCCGGCGGCUACGGGCGCCGCGUGACGUUUGUCGGAGCGACGCUGUUCUUGGACUGCGUCAGGCAGGCAGACCUCAAGGAGGUGAAGCUGCUGUCGCCGACGGUCUGCAUCGGACGUCGGUCCAAGAUGGACCGAGUGGUGACGCCGUGGAGGUGGUGCGAGGAGGUCGUGCCCCCCGAACCGGAGAUCUCGACGGCGGCAGUUCCGCCGGUGGUUGAUGAGCCUCGCCCAGUGGCGCCAACGGCCAACCUGGCGGUUGUCCACGUGCCGGCGAGCAAAACGCCGUUCGUGGCUCGGGCGCCGCCCUCAAUGCAGCAAAGCGUCGUAGUGGCCCAAGAGGUGCCACACGUCAUCAAGGCACCGUUGUCGACGCCAGAAGUGACGGUCAACAUCAAGCAUGGUGUUGCGCACGUCAAGGCGGACGUG